AUGUCGGCGGACCCUGUUGGAAGUGAUCUCAAAGUGUUUCCGAGUCGACUUUCGUCGGUUUCUUCGGAAAAUGGUAAGACUUUGUCAUGGAUAAUAUAAGAUUUUUUGAUGGAAAAAUCUGGGGAAAUUAGUUUUGAACUAACUCUACAAGCCUUCUUUAUUAAAUUGAGGUUGUUUUCACCAAAAUUCUCGUCGGUUUUCAAUGAGUUUCAUUGACCAUCCGAUAUUGUACUAGUUAAAACUGGUGUUUUCUCUAAAAUCCUUUUGUCUUUUCACGCUAAAGCUGCAUAAAUCGGCCUUUUAUGAUGUUCUCAUUCGUUGUAGUUUAAAAAGAGCCCACUAUUUGCACUUAUGAUCACCUUUUCAUCCGAUAUUAUCAUAGAUAAUAUAACUGAAAUUUCAACCAACAAUUUGUAAUCUCUAGAACUUUAUAAAUUUCGUAGGGAGUAGUCUUUCAUUCCAACUCAUAAUCAUUAUGUAAAUCCGGUCAGAAAUGGGAUUCAAAAAUGUUUUUAAAAAAUUCUGGAAGAAAGACAAGCCUUCAGGGAAAUCUAAUUUUCUCCUAAAAUUUUCCUGUUUUUGUGCUGUAAAUUGAUUGAGAAUUGUUUUAGAUGUCAUGCCGAAGCACGUUAUCCUUGCGAAAAGCGAACUCAACAAGACUUUGGAUGCGGAAACGCGGAAAAACUUUGGCACAGUCCUGAUGUUGGUGUUGAAGUGGGAUUUGGAGCCGAAUUUGGAUGAGAGUUCGUUGUAAGUCGGUUGAUUUUUUGCUUUUUAGAUAGUAAACAGUCUGUUCAUCCUAAUUGAAAUUGUUUUAGAGGAUUUCUGAAAGCCUGUGAUCAACUAAUCGUCGAAAAUUUGGAAAUUUCCGAGGAUUUUGAGGAGCUGAAAAGACGCGUCGAAGAAGACCACGAAGACAUCCCAGAACUCAUCGGAGCCAUCAAAAAUAAUGAUUUUGUCAAGAAGAAUGGCACGAUCUCACUGCUAGGAAGCUUUUUACUCACAGUUUUGGAAGAAGGUACGAGAUUUUGGCCGUAUUUAUCGACGCUUUUUAGGUGCUUAUGACAGUCGCCAUCGGGUAUUGUUACGUCAUACGGGUGCGUUGUUGGGGGUCAAAUGGAACGAUUUUGAGGACAUUGAGGACACCUUGGUCUACUCUCUAAUGAAUCAGGAUUAUGUGGAGACUGAGUAAGUUUCUGGGAAGUGAAUUUGUAAUGAUUUUCUUUUAUAGACAGAACAUCCAAAAAGGGUCAGUUUAGGUGUUGUAUAGUGAUUUUGUUGUUGUAAUUGUGAGUGUGCUAGUGUGUAGAACUUUUUUAUGAGUUUUUUCACUGAACUAAAUCAGUUUUCAUCUGAAAUUUUAUAUUUUUUUGACAUCAGAUGUUAAUGGUAGUAUAAUUUUGGGUAAGGUGAGAACUUUGCGAAAAGCUUUGUAAACUUUCAGUGGGUUUCAAUAUGCCGUAUUUUGCAUCUAUUACAUGGUAAUAGAGUGGGGACCUGAUCCAGUGGCAAAAAAGUACGAUUUUGCAUCCGGGAAGUAUCAAAAAUGUGGCAAAAUGCCUCCCUCUCCAAGUGAAAAAACCCGAUUUUGAAGGGCUUCCCUCACAAAAAGAGCUGGCGCGAUUUUGAAAUUCAGAGUUUUUCCACUUGGAGAGGGAAGCAUUUUGCCACAUUUUUGAUACUUCCUGGAUGCAAAAUGACACGUUUUUUGCCACUGGAUCAGAUCCCCCACUGUACAUCGCGUAACCUCAAUUUUUGUUUAGAGCGGCUAAAGCAACAAGAGAACGCAAUUCGAAAAUGAAAAAGUUCAAGAGAUAUGCGAUGAUUGGAGUUGCCGGCGGUGUUGGUGGGGUUCUGAUAGGUGAGUUAACCAUUUAAAAUUUUAUUUGAGGCAUUUUACAUCCGAAAAUCAAAACUGUUACUUAGAAUAAUAAAAAAAGUGUAUUAUUUUAGGUCUUACCGGAGGACUAGCCGCCCCAUUUGUCGCAGGCGCGGCUUCAGUGGUUGUGGGGACUGGAGCGGUCGCUGGUCUUGCCACAACCACAGGCGCCGCCAUUAUGGGCUCUGUUUUUGGCGCCGCUGGCGCUGGAUUGGCCGGGUAUAAAAUGAAGAAACGGGUGGGAGCUAUCGAUGAAUUUGUUGUGGAGAGUCUCACUGAAGAUCGGAGUCUUCAUUGUGUCCUAUGUGUUAGCGGAUGGAUCGAUGAACAGGUAAGGGGUUUAGAAAUUGCACUGUGCGGUCGAAGCCUACAGUGGGGGACAUGAUCUAGUGGCAAGAAACGUAUCAUUUUGCAUCCGGGAAGUAUAAAAAAUGUGGCCUUCCCUCUCCAAGUGAAAAAACUCAGAUUUCGAAAGCGCGCCUUUCAAAAUGAAGUUUUUUCACUUGGAGAGGGAAGCAUUUUGCCACAUUUUUGAUACCUCUCGGACGCAAAAUGUUACGUUUUUGCCACUGGAUCAGUCCCCCACUAUAUUUUAACGAUUGCACUGUGCGAAAUAAAAUUCUCAAAAAAUCGUAUUUUAGGACGGAGAAAACGCAUUCAAAGUGCAAUGGCGACACUUGAUGAUGUCCAAGGAACAGUAUACUUUGCGAUAUGAGAGUAAAUACCUGAUGGAAUUGGGGAAGGCGAUCGAUUAUUUGAUGUCAUUCGCGAUCUCUUACGCAAUCCAACAUACACUGAUGGAAACUGCGUUAGCUGGUAAUAACAUUGAAUCCUAAUGAAUCUACCGUUUUAUGGUGGAAUUUAAAAGAAUCGCUAAUUGUUUUCUGCCUGAAAUAAUAUUAGGUUGGACGGAAAGUUCGUACGAUUUUUUACUGCUGCUAUUUUUUCUUGCGCUGAUGGAAAAAGACAAACACAAAUAUAUGGUGUCGGUAGGGGACAGGCAUCCCUAUAUAGCAGUACAACCUUCAGCCAUCUUAAGCAUUUACGAACUGAGAACUUAAUUUAGACAUUUACCCAUCUUUGGUCCAAAAUUACAAAUCCUUGGCUGGUUUGUUUAAUAAGGCCUACCAGGAAAUUGUUUUGGCACUGCUAAAAAGCCUUCUUCUGUAGCUCUUAAUAUGCGUAAAGUCGCCGGGGACUAAAUCAAAACAUAGCCAUAAAAUUUGACUUCUGCAGGACCACCCCAAGUUUGAAUAUAACUGCAACCGCCGCUUUGCCGGUGCAUUUCUAUGUGUAAAACUAUGAUAUGCAGAAACUAAGGACAAUCCCUUACACUCAGCUACCCCUCAAUAGCCAACUGUUUUGCCGUACGACAUAAUAGAACUAAAUUACUUUUCUCAAAAAAUCGUUGGUGAACUGUUGGAUCAUCCCGUACAAUUCUAAAAAGAGCUCAUAACAUCUUUCCACUCCUCCCUUUCUUGGGUGCAAAAUAGAGCCGCUUUAUUGCUCUACUACCUCGUGAAACAAUGGGCUACCAUUGUUGACUGUCACAAAAUUACGCGCAUUGCUCUACAGCUAUAAUUUUUGGCAAUUUUGUCUCUUUGCGGAUAACCCGAGGCAUCUGUGAUCCGGUUUACUCAUGUUGCACGUAAAGGGCUCUCUAUGUGCCUUACUGCACCCUAUUACAGAGACAGACAAUAAGAAAUACGCGGAAUAAUAAGAAAAAGUUUUCAUAGGGGGCCUUUGCUGAAGACUUGGUUGAAAGUGUUGCUAUUAUUUUAUCCGACACGCUUUUUUAUGAUUUCUAAUUGUGUUUAACGUAGUCAGAAAGACCACUGGACAUUGCCUAAAAAGUUUCAGAGCUUCAUCGAAAGCGAUCUGGAAACUAGAGUUUGCGUUCUGGACCCUACCCGAAAUAGCCGCAAAGCGGAAAACCUCUUAUAAUUAAGCUCGUUUUGGCGGAGCUAACGAUUGGCACGUAGCAUAUAAAUCUUCACACUGUACUCUUGUAUAUGCUAGGUAUUUACGGUGGGCAAUCGGUCUUGGCGCGAAAAAAAUUAAAUUGAAAGUUGGGUAAAAAAUCGUACGAACUUUCCGUCCAACCUAAUAAAAUUUUUCUCGUUUCAGGUCUGGUCACGGCGAUCGCAUGGCCUCUAGUACUGGUGUCGACCGCGUCGGUGAUUGACAAUCCCUGGAAUGUCUGUGUGAGCCGUGCAGCGGAGGUGGGCGAGCAGUUGGCCGAUGUUUUACUAACAAGAGCUCAUGGAAAACGACCAAUAACACUGAUAGGCUUCUCCUUAGGUGCCAGAGUGAUAUACCACUGCCUGUUAGCCAUGAGCAAGCGGGAGGACUCGAAAGGUAAACGAUUUUUCGCUUUUUUAAAGGAUUUUUAUAUUGUACAGUGGGGGAUGUGAUCCAGUGGCAAAAAACGUACCAUUUUACAUCCGGGAAGUAUCAAAAAUGUGGCAAAAUGCUUCCCUCUCCAAGUGAGAAAACUCCGAUUUCAAAAGCGAACCCGCUGUUUUUGUGAGGGAAGCCCUUCAAAACGAAGUUUUUUCACUUGGAUAGGGAAGCAUUUUGCCACAUUUUUGAUACUUCCCGGGUGCAAAAUAGUACGUUUUUUGCCACUGGAUCAGGUCCCAACUGUAUGAUUCAUGCUCCAAAAAUUUUCCUAGUGCAAAAUAAACCAGCAUCAAAAAUUUUCUUUUUAGGCAUCAUAGAAGAUGUCAUUCUCCUGGGAGCGCCGGUUAGUGCCUCCACAAAGCAAUGGAAACAGUUGUGCACCGUAGUUGGAGGUCGAGUAGUGAAUGGAUACUGCACUACUGAUUGGCUGUUGAGAUUCCUCUAUAGAACGAUGAGUGUUCAGUUCACUAUUGCCGGAACAGGCCCUGUGGCCGUCAAAGAGGAGAGGAAGAUUGUGAACGUCAAUUUGAGUCAUAUUGUAAGUUUCUUUUGAAUUUUUUGGGUAUUAAGUUGGUAAUUUAGGUGGUCUAAAGUUUACACUUUUUUCCUUUAGAUCAAAGGUCAUAUGGAUUACUCGAAGAAGUUAACUGAAGUCCUGGAAGCGGUUGGAGUCAGAGUUAGCGAGUAUUCAAAGGAAUCCAAAGAAAAUCUUGAACAAUAUUUUGACCAAAGAGACGGCGCUGGAUUAGAUGAGAAACAAAAGAAAAUGGCCAAUGAGAUGGUGACAUGCUCGAUUGAAAAUGGCCGAGAGGUAGCGAGAAAUAUGGAAGGCAAGGUGGUCUUCCGACAAGAGCCGGAGAAUGGAAAUGAAGGGAAAAAAGUCCCGGGAAUUAAUGGAAAAACAAAUGGGAUCCAAGAGUUCUUUAGUGAUAAAUGA